AUGUCGGAUAUAACACUGCAACCCUACCAGUCCGAGUACAUUGACCUUGCUCUCAAAUGGAAUAUUCUGCGUUUCGGAGGACCAUUCAAACUCAAAUCUGGUCGUGAGUCUCCGUACUUUUUCAACGCGGGAUUAUUCAACACAGGACACAAACUACAGAAAAUGGCGGAGUGCUAUGCGAACCGUAUUGUGGAAAGUGGAAUUGAAUUUGAUGUUCUGUUUGGACCUGCAUACAAAGGAAUUCCUCUAGUAGCUGCGACUGCUUUGGAGCUUGCAAGGAUUCAUGGUCGCGAUGUUCCUUUCUGCUUCAAUCGCAAGCAGACAAAGUCGUACGGCGAGGGUGGUAAUCUCAUUGGGGCUCCUCUCCAGGGACGUGUCCUUGUUGUUGAUGAUGUUAUUACCGCAGGUACUGCUAUUAACGAAGCUGUCGACAUUAUCAGCGCCCAGCCUGAUGCUUCUAUGGUCGGCGUUGUGAUCGCACUGGACCGGCAAGAGCGUGCGUCAGAGGAGACCACGGAGAGUGCAAUCAUGCAGGUCGAAAAGCGACUGGGCGUCAAGGUGUACAGUGUGGUGACUCUGGCACAAAUAAUCAAGCAUAUGGAAGUGACGCGAGGAGACUCGGCUCGUGCUGAUAUUGAAAGUAUGCAGGCAUACCGUCAGAAGUAUGGCUCGUCGUAG